AUGGGGAGCACCGCACCGCCGUGGCUCGUCCAAGCCGAGCGCAAGCGCGCGCUGCAGCGCGCCGCCAUUGACUCUUUCCUCGCCGAGUAUCCACCCCUUCCGGCCGCCGAACGGCAUGCCACGGAGUCAAUUCCGGACAUCGACCGCGUCGAGGAGCUUCUUUCCAGCAUCUCCACACGUGCGGUGAGCGCCGUAGACGUCGUCGUCGCGUACACGCACAGACCAAUUGGCACCCUUACGGAGGUGCUUUUCGACGACGCCCUCGCCCACGCCAAGGAGCUUGACCGGCAUCUUGCGGCGACCGGCAAGCCGAUCGGUCCCCUUCACGGGCUGCCUGUUACGCUCAAGGACCAGUUCGACGUCAAGGGAUACGACAGCACCAUCGGCUAUGUCGCCAAAGCCUUCCGCCCCGCUUCCGAGGAUGCUGUCGUCGUCGCUCUCCUGAGAGAAUUGGGGGCGAUCAUAAUUGCCAAAACAAAUCUCCCCCAGUCCAUAAUGUGGUGUGAAACCGAAAACCCGCUCUGGGGGCUCACGACCAAUCCUCGCAAUCCCGCAUUCACGCCCGGCGGCUCCACCGGCGGCGAGAGCGCGCUUCUCGCCGAGCACGGCUCCAUCAUUGGGUGGGGGACCGACAUUGGGGGCUCCAUUCGCAUCCCGAGCCACAUGCUCGGCCUAUAUGGCCUGAAACCCAGCAGCGGUCGGCUGCCGUACCAGAAUGUCACCGUUUCAACCGAUGGACAGGAGCAUGUUCCGUCCGUCAUCGGCCCGUUAGCAAGGUCAUUGUGUUCGCUGCGAUUCGUUACAAAGGCGGUCGUGGAUGCCGCCCCUUGGCAAUAUGAUCCAAAGGUCGUCCCUUUACCUUGGCGGGCUGAUAUCGAAGCAGAGAUCCAGUCUCGACCGCUCGUUAUAGGCCUGCUCGUAGAUGAUGGCGUGGUCAGAGUCCAUCCUCCUAUUGAACGUGUCGUGAGAGAAACGGCCCGUAAGUUAGAAGAGGCCGGCCAUGAGGUGAUCCCUUGGGACUACAGUGGCCACCAAGAAUGCAUUGAGAUCAUGGAUCAAUUCUACACGGCCGAUGGCGGUGAAGAUAUUCGCCGAGAAGUACUCGCAGGCGGUGAACCGUUCAUUCCGCACGUCGAAGCCCUCGUGAACCGAGGCAAACCAAUUUCGGUCUAUGAAUACUGGCAGCUGAACAAACUGAAGCAUGAACAGCAGAAGCGCUAUCUUGACAAGUGGAACGCGGUGCGCUCGCCUUCGGGCCGCAAGGUUGACGUCCUGCUCACCCCGGUGAUGCCCCACUCGGCGGUACCUCACCGUGGAUGCCGAUGGGUGGGCUAUACUAAGGUCUGGAACUUCCUUGACUACAGUGCCGUUGUGCUGCCAGGCGGCGCUGUAGACAAGAACAUGGAUGCAAAGGCAGACACGAGUUAUCAACCGAGAAACGAGCUGGACAAGUGGAACUGGAGCCUCUAUGACCCAGAAUCUAUGGACGGCAUGCCCGUUGGCUUGCAGAUCGUUGGCCGCAAACUUGAGGAGGAGAAGGUUCUCGGAGCGGCCAAGGUGGUAGAAUCUAUUCUUCAAAGAAAGUGA